CAGUGUCAGUCCCCGAGCGAGCGCUGGUGGCGGGGCGGGCAGCCCGGCAGGCAGCCGCAGGUGGGGCUACUCUCAGUCAGGGACCCAGCCCGGGAGCCCGGGAGCCCUGCACCGGGUGUGCACAGGAUGCCCCGCGGGGACUCGGAGCAGGUGCGCUACUGCGCGCGCUUUUCCUACCUCUGGCUCAAGUUCUCGCUCGUCAUUUACUCCACAGUGUUCUGGCUGAUCGGAGGCCUGGUCCUGUCGGUGGGGAUCUAUGCAGAAGUCGAGCGGCAGAAAUACAAAACUCUGGAAAGUGCCUUUCUGGCCCCAGCCAUCAUUCUUAUCCUUCUGGGGGUCAUCAUGUUCAUUGUCUCCUUUGUCGGCGUGCUGGCUUCCCUCCGGGACAACCUGUGCCUUCUGCAAGUGUUUAUGUACAUCCUUGGAAUUUGUCUGAUAAUCGAGCUCAUUGGUGGCGUGGUGGCCUUGAUCUUCCGGAACCAGACCAUCGACUUUCUGAAUGAUAACAUCCGACGAGGAAUCGAGAACUACUACGAUGAUCUGGACUUCAAGAACAUCAUGGACUUUGUCCAGAAGAAGUUUAAGUGCUGUGGCGGAGAAGACUACAAAGAUUGGAGCAAAAACCAGUAUCAUGACUGCAACGCCCCUGGACCUCUGGCUUGCGGGGUGCCCUACACCUGCUGCAUCAGAAACACGACAGACGUUGUCAACACCAUGUGUGGCUACAGAACUAUUGACAAGGAGCGCCUCAGCGUCCAGAAUGUCAUCUACGUGCGGGGCUGCACCAACGCCGUGCUCAUCUGGUUCAUGGACAACUAUACCAUCAUGGCGGGCCUCCUGCUGGGCAUCCUGCUCCCCCAGUUCCUGGGGGUGCUGCUGACGUUCCUGUAUAUCACUCGGGUGGAGGAUAUCAUCUCGGAGUUCUCUGUCACCGACGGGCUCCUGAUGUCUGGUGCCAAGGCCAGCGUGGAAGCAGCAGGCACAGGAUGCUGCAUGUGCUACCCCAGUUAGGACUGGCCUGGGGCAGCAGCUCCAGCAGGACCGUGCCAGGAUAGCACCACGUCAUGUGGGUUGGACACGACCGUGGCUCCUUUCCCCACACUCAGCGCUGACCAAAGUCCAGGCUGUGUUUGCUCUGGUGGCUGGCUCAGGCCUCCCAUGGCCACUGCCUCCCUGGAGGGCAGAGCCUGAGGCCCUCCCCAGCUCUGGGGUGGUGUGUGCCCACACUGCUGGGCGUGGGGAACAAGGGCGGCCCUUCCCUAGGCCUGGGCUGCCACCGGGGAUGGCCAACUCAGCACUUAGCUCAGGGCCGCUUCGUUUCUGGCAGUGCCUUGGGUUCUGGUGUUCAUGCCCCUCUGUGGGCAGUUUUAUCGUGAUUUGUAGAGAGACUUUGUAGAGAGACGAGAGCAUGUGUGCCUCAUGGUGAAGGAGCGGAGGCGUGCAGCCCCCGAGGCCCCAGUCCCUCAGCCGUGCCCCAGGUGUGAGGGGGCCCCAUUUCCCAGCCUCCAGGUGCCUUGAGCCUUCCCCCAGGGCUGCUGUUUUGCUGACUCUGGGUUUGUUUGUUUUUUUACGUGAUUUUGUAACGUUCAUUUUGUAAGAGUUAACAGGAAUUUCUGACUAAUCAAAGCUGGGUGUUUCCCCAUGCUCUCCACUCUUGCCCCUCCAAACCAGUUUAUGAAUCAAACAAUAAAGACUUGAUUUUUUG